CUCUCUCUCUCUCUACCCCUCUAUUCCCUCUCUGUUUUACUUUCCUUCUCACAUUCUCUCUCUUGAAGUUCUUUUUUAUAUUUUUAAUUUAUAAUUUUUUUUUUUUUUUUUUUUUUUUUGGGUUUCGCUUGGGACUUCGCCGGAAAAUCUUGGGUUCAGAAAAAAAAAAAAAGAAAAAAAGAGACAAAAUAUUUUCCUGGUAACCAAACGGGGGGGGAGGAAAUUUUGAAUCAAAUGUGAUGGGAGGCGGACUCUCGAGCGUGUUUCCGUGCUUCACAGCAGUGAACCGGAACAACAACAACAGCAACAACAACCAGUCGGAGCACCAUCUUCAACAUCACAAUCAGCUUCAACAGCAUCAGCAGGACUUGAUCUUCGCAGCCUCGGAGCCUCUGGACGAAACCCUAGGCCACUCCUUCUGCUACGUGCCAAGCUCGGCUCGCUUCGUUUCCCCAACUCAGUCCGAUCGCUUCCUUUCCCCUUCCCACUCGCUCCGAUUCUCUCCCUCUCACGAACCGGUUGGAGUGCCCAGGACCCGAUCCGGCCCGCCCGAGACCGUUUUCAAGACCAUCUCGGGUGCCUCCGUUAGCGCCAACACCUCCACUCCCAGGACUGUUCUUCAGCUCGAGAACAUCUACGACGAUGCCACUGAUUCCACUCUCGGUGGUGGUGUCGGGUGUGGCGUCAGGGGUAGUAUCGUCAAUGGCUUCGAGAGUACGUCGUCGUUUAGUGCCCUUCCUCUGCAGCCCGUUCCCAGAGGAGGAGGCGAGCCCUCCGGCCCAAUGGAGCGGGGCGGGUUCUUCCUCUCCGGUCCAAUCGAGCGUGGAGCUCUCUCUGGUCCUCUUGACGCCAACGCGGCUGGACAUGACGGCGGCGGCGGCGGCGGAGGGGUCCAUUUCUCUGCUCCGCUCGGUGGUCUUUAUGUGAAAAAGAAGCGGAAGAAGGGCAUUUCCGGGAUUCGGAAGGCUUUCUACAGGAACUUCUCGGAGAAGAAGAGGCCGUGGGUGGUUCCGGUCUUGAAUUUCGUGGGCCGAAAAGAGGGUUCGGCCGCCGGAGACGAGUCGGAGGUGAAGAGCGAGAGCAAUGUGCAGUGGGCGCUUGGUAAAGCUGGGGAGGAUCGUGUACAUGUGGUCGUAUCGGAAGAGCAAGGUUGGUUAUUCGUUGGGAUUUAUGAUGGGUUCAACGGCCCUGAUGCGCCCGAAUUCUUGAUGGGUAAUCUUUACCGCGCCGUUUACAAUGAGCUUCAGGGGCUGUUUUGGGAGGUCGACGAAGCUAACGACGACCACCCACGACCACCACCACCACCGCCACCGUUUGUAGAAGCUGUUGCAGAGAGUGCAGUGAUCGUAGAGAAGGAGACUAACCACCCAUUAGAGAUUAAAGAGGACUCCCAGAUUCUGCCUCCUGCUGAUGAUGAUCGAGCAGGGAACGGGGCUAAGCGAGUGACAUUUCAAUCGGAGGGGCAAACAACAACAACAACAACAACUGAGUCUGAGAAGACGGAGACGGAGACGGGUAAUAAUAGGAGGCGGCGGCUUUGGGAAUUUCUUGCGGAGGCUGAAGCGGAGGACGGGCUUGACCUUUCGGGUUCCGAGAGAUUCGCAUUUUCCGUCGAUGAUGCGCUUAGCGUCAGCAAUGGCGGCUCUGCUGUGAGUAGACGGUGGCUGUUAUUGUCGAAAUUGAAACAGGGUUUAUCGAAGCACAAGGAAAGUGCUGGUCAUGGUAGGAAGUUUUUUCCAUGGAGGUUUGGUUUGGAGGACAAAGAGAAGGUCGAGGUUGAUAAUAGAGCAGAGGAGACGUCUGCUCAGACGGGUCGAAAACGGAAGGAGGGUCCGGUCGAUCACGAAUUGGUUUUGAGUGCAUUGUCAAGAGCUCUCGAAGUGACUGAGCUCGCAUAUUUGGAGAUGACUGAUAAGGUUCUUGAUACGAAUCCGGAGCUGGCCCUCAUGGGUUCGUGUUUGUUGGUGGUGUUGAUGAGGGACGAGGAUGUGUAUGUGAUGAAUGUUGGGGAUAGCCGAGCUAUCGUUGCGCAUUAUGAGCCGGAGGAAGUUGGUUCCAGUGUGGAAUCUAGAGGGCGGAGGGAUAAUGGGUCAGGAGGAGGCGUGGAGGGUAUAAUUGAGGAAGCUUCCGCAGAGGGUGAAAGGGCAAUCAAGGUGGAAAAUGAGGCUUCCGAGCAGACCAUGAGAUUGACUGCGUUGCAGCUGUCCACCGAUCAUAGCACGAGUAUUGAGGAAGAAAUAAUAAGAAUCAAGAAUGAACACCCAGACGACAAUCAUUGCAUUGUUAAUGAUAGAGUCAAAGGCCGUCUUAAGGUUACCAGAGCAUUUGGAGCAGGAUUUCUAAAACAGCCCAAGUGGAAUGAUGCUUUAUUGGAAAUGUUUCGGAAUGAAUACAUUGGUACCGCACCAUACAUAUCCUGCUUACCUUCUCUACGUCAUCAUAAACUCUAUCCUAGAGAUCAAUUCUUAGUCCUAUCGUCAGAUGGUUUGUAUCAGUACUUGACGAAUGAGGAAGUGGUUUCUCAAGUGGAAAAUUUCUUGGAGAAGUCUCCAGAUGGAGACCCUGCGCAACACCUGAUAGAGGAGCUUCUGUUCCGUGCAGCAAAGAAAGCUGGAAUGGAUUUUCAUGAAUUACUGGACAUUCCACAAGGAGAUCGGAGGAAGUACCAUGAUGAUGUUACUGUCAUGGUUAUAUCACUUGAAGGAAGAAUUUGGAAGUCAUCAGGGAAGUACCUAUGAAAACUUUAUACAAAAAUCCAUCUUCCAUACAGGUGUUAUUGCAGUACAAUUUUCAGGAAGAGAUAUUUUGCAAGCAGUAAGGAAAGCUUUGCUGCUGAUCAAUUUCCUUGGUCCAUUUAGUCCCUUUUUUCUUUUUUCCUUUUCCUACAGCAUAAGCAUACAGCUAAUAGGGGAAACUCAGAUGGUAUUGGCAAAAAGGCUGAUGUUAGAUAUUAUAAAAACUUGAAUAGAUGCAAAAAAAUUUGGUUUCAGGACGAAAAUGAUAAUUUGCUGAUGGGGUUGUUGGGAAAUGUUCUUUAGGGGGAAAUUUUUUUUAUUUUAUUUUCAUUUUUUAGACUUCAUUUGGGUAAAAAAAAAACGUGAAAAGAAAGCAAGAAAUAUUGCGUAGGUUCAGGCUUUUUCUAUUUUGUUCUAUUUUUUUCCCCUCUCCUGUUUCUUUUUUGCAAGUAGAAACAAAAGUCUGUAAAUUGGUGGGGUUACAAAUUUUACUUGCUGGUCUUAGAGCAUUCUCUUGGCAAUGCUGAGCAUCUGUAAUUUUGAAGGUGGGUUUUCCACCACUGCGGAUUACAAGACUUGGAAAAUUUUACCAACAUCCCUGUGGUUAAUUUUUA